GUCACGCCAUGGAUGCAUCCUCGAGUCGAAGAUUCCAAGUAAUUGUAGUUUAUGUUGUCUCCUCUGUUCGAAUUUACUCACAUCCACUUGGUUUCGCACAACAUCGCACUCUGUGUUAGUCCAACCAGAUCAUAGUCCCAUGGCAGCAUCGAUGGAUGAGUCUAUAUAUAACAGAUAAAUCUUGAAUCAGGCAGCUAUAGAUUGAUCGAGGUUAAUUAAUUAUGGCAGUAAUGUCGUCGUCCUCUUUCCUCCGGUGUUUCUUGCUGCUUCUCCUGUUGGACGCCUCCCGCGCCUUCGAGCUCCAAGAAGCCACCAUCGAUAGCAUCCAGCACGCCUUUGCCGCCGGCAAUCUAACUUCCCGCGAGUUGGUGGAGUUAUACCUAGACCGCAUCCGCUCCCUCAACGAACUCCUACUCGCUGUCAUCGAGGUAAACCCAGCCGCUCUGCAGGAAGCCGACGCUGCAGACCGCGAGCGGCUGAGCGGGCGAGGCGGCUGCCUGCACGGGGUCCCCGUUCUCCUCAAGGACAACAUUGCCACGCACGGCGGCGACGGGCUCAACACCACGGCUGGCUCGUUCGCGCUGCUGGGCUCGUCGGCUCCCCGCGACGCCGGGGUGGUGCGGCGGCUGCGGCGGGCCGGAGCGGUGGUGCUGGGGAAGGCCAACAUGGCGGAGUGGGCCAACUUCCGCUCCUUCGUGGCUCCCAGCUCGUGGAGCGCCCGCGGCGGCCAAGCCCGGAACCCCUACGUGCUGUCAGCGAGCCCGUGCGGGUCGAGCAGCGGGUCGGCGAUAUCGGCGGCGGCGAACCUGGCAGCAGUGACGCUGGGGACGGAGACGGACGGCUCCAUCAUUUGCCCCUCGCACCUGAACUCGGUAGUCGGAAUCAAACCCACCGUCGGGCUCACCAGCCGCGCCGGCGUCAUCCCCGUCUCCCCCAGACAGGACACCAUCGGCCCUCUUUGCCGCACAGUCUCCGACGCUGUCCAAGUUUUGGACGUAAUUGUGGGUUUCGACAAGGAUGACGCGGCGGCAACCAGAGCAGCGUUAAAGUACAUACCUGCAGGUGGAUACAAGCAGUUCUUAAAGGUGAACGGACUAAAGGGCAAGAGGAUUGGCAUCCUCCGUAGAUUCUUCGACUUCUCCAGUACUGAUUCUUCCUACAAAAAUGCAGUCUUCGAGGGUCAUUUCGGCACCAUGAGGCAAAAGGGAGCCAUCUUGAUCGACGACCUUGAAGUAGCCAACUCGAGCAUCAUUCUCGACGUCACCCAGAGCGGUGAAGCGGUUGCAUUGCUGGCUGAGUUCAAGUUGGCACUAAACUCCUACUUAUCAGACCUUUCAUCGUCUCCCGUGAAGUCUCUCGCUGAUGUAAUAGAAUUCAACAACCAGCACAGUGCCGAGGAAAGACUGGAUGAAUUUGGGCAACCCAUAUUUUUAGCAGCUGAAAACACCUCGGGAAUUGGCGCAACCGAAAGAAGUGCAAUUGCGAGAAUGAGCCAACUUUCCAAGCAAGGAUUGGAGAAGCUAAUGGUCGAGAAGAGAUUGGACGCAGUGGUGGCUGCCAACUCAAAUGCAGCUACAAUUUUUGCUAUUGGAGGAUACCCUGCCAUUAGUGUUCCUGCAGGGUAUGGGGGCGAUGGAAUUCCUUUCGGUCUGUGCUUUGGGGGCCUCAGGGGUUCAGAACCCAAGUUGAUUGAGAUGGCGUAUGGUUUUGAGCAAGCAACGUUGGUCAGAAAACCCCCAUCAUUCAGGGAAUGAAGAGAGGUCUAGUUCCAUCACUAAAUAAAAAAAUAUUUUUAUACAUGAAAUUGUAGUUCGAUGAACC